AUGUCUCAGAACAAAAGAUUCGCCAGCCAUGAAGGUGGCUCCGGAUUACCUGAGAAAAGCAAGUUGAUCGUACCAGAGAAACGAGACUGCGGCUUCGUGGAAGGAAGUAUCGUCCGCAUUAAGUUGAGCAAGUUCUUGACAUAUGAUUCCAUUGAAUUUAAGACUGGACCAUAUUUGAAUGUCAUCAUUGGACCAAAUGGAACUGGGAAAUCUGCAAUUGUCUGUGCCAUUUGUCUCGGGCUAGCUGGAAAAACAAACACACUUGGUCGUGCAUCAGAGCUGAAAGAUUUUAUCAAAUAUGGUGCAGAAAAAGCUUCUGUUGAAAUUGAACUGUUUAAUCCACAUGAUGCCAGAAACUAUGUCAUUCGACGAGAGAUAACCAGCAGUAACAGCUCUCACUGGUGGUUCAAUGGACAGGCCACCACACUCAAAGCGAUUGAAGAGUUGGUAUCCCGCCUGAAGAUCCAGGUGGGUAACCUGUGCCAGUUUCUGCCACAGGAGAAGGUCGCUGACUUUGCUCGUAUGUCCCAGCAGGAACUCUUGGAAAACACAGAAAAAUCAGUUGGCAGAACAGACUUGUUUGAGAGCCACCGUUUGCUGAAGACAGCACGGCAGACAGCCAGACACUUGGAGCAAGAUGUCACCAAGCUGCACACAAACUUGGACCAGGAGAAGCAGAAAAAUGCUCGGCUGGAGCAGGAAGUGAAAUCUUACAAGGACAGGAAGUCAUUCCUGGAAAAAGUAGCCGUCCUCAAGAUGAAAAAAUCUUGGCUGGAAUAUGGGACAUUGAGAAGUCUUUACGACAGAGCUCGAGCAGAGAGAGACAAGCAACAGGAAGUUGUCAAAGAGGAACUCAAGAAACUGGCUCCGUUAGAGACUAAACACCGAACCUUGAAGGGGCGGAGAGAUGAGUGGGAGCAGACUACCAGAGACAUGGCACAGAGAAUUCAAGCCAAAGCCAGAGAUUUGAAGGAACAAAGUAACCUGAUGAUAACUGCCAAUGAUAAGAUUGUUGAAGCCAAGAGUGACUAUGAUUCCAAAGUCAAAGAAGAAGAAUCCAGAGAGAAAAGGCUGAUGGACUUGAGAGAACAACUGAGAGCUUUAGAGAACACUCUAGCAAACCUGGAGACAUCUGAUGUGGAUGCUGUUGCUAGACGAUUGGAGACAGUUGAUAAUGAUCUGAGGAAUGUCAGUAAACAGAUGACCAGUGUCCAGUCCGAAGGAGAAAGUUUGUCCCGUGAAAUCAGCAACAUCAAAGCUGAAAUAAGAGACUGUGAGGCUCAAGUGAGAAAGAUUCAGGAUGCCAGCAACAGACGUCUGGAGACACUCAAAAGUUUACAUGCCCACACACACCAGGCAGUCUUGUGGCUCAGGGCCAACAAAGACAUCUUCAAACACACUGUUCAUGAGCCAAUGAUUGUUUCUUUGAAUGUAACAAACCCUACAGAUGCCAAGUUGGUGGAGGCACAUGUCAGCUUCAAUGACCUGAGGUCGUUUGUGUGUGAGGAUGCUGAUGACCUUGAUCUGUUCAUGAGGAAGGUCAAAAAUGAGAUGAAACUCCGGGUGAAUAUUGUAAGAGCACCACCAGAACCUGCAGUGACCUAUCAGCCUAGACAUCCGAUCAGUUAUUACAGGAAGUAUGGAUUUGAUCGUUACCUGCAGAGCUUGUUUACCUGCCCUGAGGCAGUCAUGAGGUUUUUGUGCCUUCAGUACAAAGUUCAUCUGAUUCCUGUUGGAUCCAGUCUUGUACAGACCAACCUACAGCGUAUCUUGAAAGAGUGUCCAGAACUGACCCAUUUCUACACACCAGAUGUGCAGUACACCAUCAAACAGUCCAAGUACAGCAAAAACAUGUCCUCCAGGAAUACAGCUUUGAAGGAACCUCGAGCCCUCGUUGAUUCCAUCAACUUGGAGAGAGAGCAGGAACUGAGCACUACUAUCAAGGCAGCAGCCCAGCAGCAGAAGCUGAAAGAGGAUGAGUACCGGUUGUUGCAACGGAAAUCUGAGCAGCUCACCCUGGAAAUGAACAGACUUCGGGAGGAGAAGAGAAAUGUGAUGAAACAAAAAGAUGAAAGGAAAAGUCUGAGAAAUCAAAUUACAACAAAAGAACAGAGGAUUCAACAGAUUAUGAGAGAAGGGAUUGACCUUGCCACUGAGAAGUUAAAGUUGGACCAGCAGUUGAAAAGAAUUGUUGAUGAGAAGAUGAAAUAUCUACGCAGGAUGAGAUCUAUAACUUUAGACUGUAUGAACCUGGGCAAGGAGCGUGUGGAGAAAAGUCUGCAGCUGAUGGCAUGUGUUCGAGACUGCUGCCGUCUAGAGACACAGUUGCACAAUACCAGCCACAGGUGUGAGGCUGUCAAG